AUGGAAAAAACAGUGAUUAUCAUUAUUAUGACAUAUUUUUAAACAAAUAUAUUUGUAAAGGCCUCAUUGCUUAGAUUAUGUUUACUGCUCUAUUAAUUAUAUGCUGUAAAAUAAAAACCUCAUAUACUUAAUAAUUUAAAUGAAUUAGAUGUAUCAACAGGAUAAAUAUGUUCCAUUGCAACAUUUUUAGCAACAAUUAAAUAUAUAAGUGAAUUUUGUUAUUUAUUAUUAUGUUAAGAAUUUUAAUUUAUUUUCUAUAAUAAGAGAAUAAAUCUACCUCUGUUGUUAUCGAAAUGAUUUUAGUUUUACUCUGUUUGAAACUAAGUUAUCCUUUUGUUAUUGAUUUAUUAAGAGUUUAUUAUAAAAAAUACAAAAUUUUGCUGUUAAGUAAUUUAUAUGAUGCAUUGAAAAUAAUAAAUUGCAAUUUAAGUCUAACUCUUUAUAUAAAUAGAAAAUUAAAUUUAAUGAAGUAACGAGAAUAGAAAUUAAAAACAAAUUUAAUAAAAUUAGGAAUUCAUUUAUUACAAAUGUCAAAAUUUAAAUAGAAUCAUAAAAGUACUAACUAAUAUUCAUAUUAUUAAGAUCUCUCGUGA